GAGAGCUCGGUCAACUUCUGCGAGAUUUCAUUGACGUUUGAUAAGCAAACUGAUACAGUCAUUAUCAUAUGGGAAUAUUACCGAAAUAUCAGACGACUAUUCUAACGAGGAUUGUUAUCUUAAUAAGCACUCUUGUCAUUCUUAACUCUCUUUUAUGGGUUGUCACAAGUUUGACGUUCUCAGGGAAAUUACUGUCACUGGCAUUAGUGGCAUGGACAUUGGGACUUAGGCACGGAUUAGAUAGUGAUCAUAUUGCUAGCAUAGAUAAUUCGAUUAGACAAUUAAGCGCUAAAGGUAUAUAUCCAGUCACUGUUGGUCUUUAUUUUGCAACUGGGCACUCAUCGGUGGUGCUUUUGGUCACCGUUGCACUCAUAGCUGGUGCUCAAGUCUACGAUAACCUCAGUAGCCUGGAAGAUUUCGGCGGUGUGAUUGGCGGAUCGAUCAGCUCAGCUUUCUUACUUUUAUUAGGAAUCGCUAACUCUAUUACACUCUAUCAGGCUAUACAGUCACGCAGAAAGAUGAAAGUGAGACUCGAAAAUGGAGAUGUUGAAGGAAAUAGUGAAGAAAACGAGACAAAAUCGCCGACAUUUUUGUUCAGAGUUCUUUCACCUGUGUUGAAAUUUGUUGAUAAACCAUCAAAGUUACUUUGGGUUGGUAUACUAUUCAGUUUAGGAUUCGACACAAGUUCUUCUAUUGUCUUGCUGUCAGUUUCAGCAUUAGCGGCUGAGGAUGUGCAGAACCCAAUCUAUGUUCUCUUAUUCCCAUUACUCUUCGCUGCUGGAAUGAUCCUCGUCGAUUCACUCGAUAACGCAAUGAUGGUCUUCUUAUACACACCCCGCCUGGAAUGGAAAAAGGAAGCCCAAUUCAAGUUGUUUGAAAAUUUAAAUGAUGACAAGAGCUCUAUAGCGAGUGAAGAAGCAGCAAGUGAUGAAGGUGCACCUUUGAUCGACGGCGAUACGAACGCAUAUGGUACAGUUACGCUUCCGGAAGAUGACAAACUUGUACAACAGAAGAUACUAGAUAUAAACAAGUAUACAGUUAUCAUAACUGCACUUUCGGUGACAAUAGCAUUAGGUAUAUCAAUUAUACAAAUAAUGGGUUUAGUAGUCGAUAAUUGUCAAACCUGCUCAGACCAUAUAGAUAAAGGAGAUUGGAUAGGAAAUUGGUGGCAAUUCUGGGUUACUUUGAAUGAUAAUAGCAUUUAUAUUGGAGUUGGGAUAAUAGCAUCCUUUUCUGUUAUUUUGGUGAUGUACUUUUUGUUGUACUCGAAAUCAUGAAAUUUUCAUUGAAC